ACGUGAUAGAAAGGAAAAACUCAAGAAAAAACACUUCGAACAAAAAAAAAAAAAGAAGGAGAAGAAAAAGACGGAACCAAAAUCUUCAGAUGGGAGUCAAUUUCUGAUUCUCAGUCAUCAUUCGAGUUUGCGUGAAUUGUCUUGUGGAAUCGCGUUGCGACCAUCGUCCUCGUCCUCGUCCGAAGCUACAAGCUCCUUCGAUUCAGUCGCAAUUUGUCGAAGACAAGUUGAAUUUGGUGGAAGUCGGAUUUUCUGUAGCAGGCUUGAUUCGCGGGGAUAUAUCGAAAUGCAGACAUCGAGGGCGAGGCUGUUCAAGGAAUACAAAGAGGUGCAGCGGGAGAAGGGAGCUGAUCCGGACAUUCAGUUGGUUUGCGAUGACUCGAACAUAUUUAAGUGGACUGCUCUUAUCAAGGGACCGUCGGAGACUCCUUUUGAGGGUGGUGUUUUCCAGCUCGCCUUUGCUAUACCUGAGCAGUAUCCACUGCAGCCGCCUCAAGUUCGUUUCCUGACUAAGAUAUUUCACCCCAACGUGCACUUCAAGACUGGGGAGAUAUGCCUUGAUAUUCUGAAGAAUGCAUGGAGUCCUGCCUGGACACUUCAGUCUGUUUGCAGGGCUAUAAUAGCUCUCAUGGCCCACCCUGAGCCUGACAGCCCAUUAAAUUGUGAUUCAGGAAACCUACUCCGAUCGGGUGAUGUGAGAGGAUACCAAUCCAUGGCAAGAAUGUACACCAGACUCGCCGCCAUGCCGAAGAAAGGCUGAAACCAAUCAAUUGCACAUGUUCGAUUGAUGUAUUGGCGUCUUUACGAGCAUGCGUGUAAAAUAACUCCAGGACUCUUCAUAUGAAGAUGUAACUGUAUGGUUCUUUGUCGGGACGAACUCUUAAUUAAUGAAGCCGUAGUUGGGCUAGAGAACAGAGUUGGUAUGUUGUUUGCUAUACAAUUCGAUGCCAUUUACUAGAUUUGGUGUUGAGCUUAUCCUCCCUCCAGAUGGAUUCUCUUCACAAGUUCAGUAACUCUGGUGAACAAGCCUGUAUCUUGCUGAGCUCAAACUGGAGCUUAUGUCUCUUUUUUUGGGAAUAAUAUUGAGCUUGUGCCCGAGAUUGAAUAUCAA